GGACGGUUCUGCGGUGGGACCACUUACUUCCGUUACUGUGGAGAGAGGAGGCGGCCUCCAACAAUGGCCUGGAGAUCACCAGUUCUUUUUGGUACUGGAGAUCGAAUGGUAGAAAUGGAGGAUUCAGAGGAUGACAAUCUUGCUACAUCUGGUUCAUCUGCUAUUGAUGCUGAGUUUGAUACAGUCAUUGGACACAUAGAAGACAUUAUUAUGGAUGAAGAAUUUCAACAGUUACAGAGAAACUUUAUGGAUAAAUACUACUUAGAAUUUGAGAACACUGAAGAAAACAAACUUAUUUACACUUCAAUUUUCCAAGAAUAUAUUGACUUGUUAGAGAAGUACAUUGAGCAGCAGUUGAUAGAGAGGAGACCAGCCUUCAAUAUGACUACAUUCAUUACAUCACUACAGCAGCAUAAAGAUGAGAUAUCUGGAGAUAUAUUUGAUAUGUUACUGACUUUCACAGAUUUCCUGGCCUUUAAAGAAAUGUUUCUUGACUACAGGAUGGAAAAGGAAGGGCGUGGCCUUGACUUUAGUGGAGAUCUCGUCGUGACUUCAUUAUCAAAAUCAUCUCCAAUGCCUCAGUCUUCACCUACCAUGCAACCUUUCUAAUAGUUGCUUGCAGUUCUGCAUUAUGCUUGCAUAUACCAAGCACAAUGAUAAAGACAUUUUGAUAUGUUACAGUAUUCUCUAAGGAGCGUUAUACAAGUACAUCAUAAAACCACAAUAAAAGGAAUUGGUUCUAAUAUUUUAACGUUUUUUUUAGAUACUAAGCAAUUUUAUCUUUAACAGCAUUCUCAAAUGUAGGAUAGAGUCCUCCUAACCCUAUUUUCAGGUAUGCAAGCUAUAAUAAGCAUUCACCUUACAAAGAUUCUAGGAAUACCUGAAAGUAAGACUUUUAUGUGGACGGCUUUAAGACCCAUCUAGCAUAUAUGCUUUUCCAGAACUCUUGACAGAUUAUUAUUAGAGGCACGGUUCACAUGUCAUUUUGACCUGCAGGCUUGUAUAUAGUUUCCAAAAUCAGAAACACUAAUAGCUUUUGGUUUUUGCCCCUAUUGAUACAGUUCAGGCAACUUCAAAUUAGAGUAAUUCUCAAAGUGGAAAAUGGGAUGUUUUUAUUUAAAAAUACAAAAACCUAUGUCCGUGACUGUUGCUUUUCAUUACAUUCAGUAUAUGCGGAACUGACAUUGGUAACUUAAUUACUUUAACCCUUCAAACAUUAAAACAUGUUCUUGAGUUAGGCCAUUCCCAUAUGCUGGUAAUUGGGUCAGAGAUGCUACUUCAGCCUCUAUUAAUACAUGGGAACCUGUAAAUAUAGGUGAGAUUGAAUCAGGAUUUUAUAUCUCCUCUGUGUUGGUGACUUCAGUUUGUGCUUUGGUUUGUUGCUGUUAUCAUAGGACGAAUGUAUUUCCUGAACAAAAGGUGAGAAUUCCACAGGAUAAUGCAUUGGUUGUAAUGCGGUUAGGUAAUGUCUGUGAUAAUGUUGUACCUGCCACCAACACUAUUUUAACUAGAGUAUCCUGUAACUUAUUUGACCUGGUUGUAAAAACAAAUUUUGUAAUAUACAUUUAAAUAGCCUGAGUUCUUUUAUUACUUAAACCCUAUUCAUUCCAUUGGCUGAUUGGCCAAAACUAGAGAUUUUGAAUGUACAUUUAUAAACUGGACUAAAUAGUCAACAGCUACCGUACUGUCACAUUGAACAGUUAAGUGUAAGAACAAGAAUCUUGUUGAAAGAAUGCAGAGUGUUAUGGCUUUCCUAAUGUGUACAGAAGUAAAUUUAUCAAUUUAGCUCUUGUUUCACUGUGGGUUAUGAAGUCAUGCUUACUUUAUUUUUCAUAUUUAUA